AUGACCGGCUGGAAAUGCCUUUUGACGGGAGCAGGAGGGUUUUUGGGUGUCAGGAUUGUCCGCUUGCUGGUGGAGGAGAAGGAGCUGCAGGAGAUCAGGUUACUGGACAAAGUCUUCAGACCAGAAGUCCAGGAGGAAUUUUCUAAGCUGCAGGGAAAGGUGACGCUCACGCUGCUGGAAGGGGACAUCCUGGAUGAGCAAUGUCUCCAGAGGGCCUGCCAGGGCGUCUCUGCCGUCAUUCACACGGCCUCCAUCAUCGACUACAUGAAUGCCGUCCCCCGAGAUGUCAUCAUGAACGUCAACCUGAAAGGUACCCAGCUCCUGCUGGAGGCCUGCGUGCAGGCGAGUGUUCCCGUCUUCAUCUUCACCAGCAGCAUAGAGGUGGCCGGGCCCAACUCCUACAGGGAGGUCAUCAUGAACGGCAGUGAAGAAGAGCUGCACGAGUCCACCUGGUCGGCCCCCUACCCGGUCAGCAAGAAGCUGGCCGAGAAGGCUGUGCUGGCGGCCAGCGGGUGGGGGCUCCAGAACGGCGGCGUCCUGUCCACCUGCGCCUUGAGGCCCAUGUACAUCUACGGGGAACAAAGCCAGUUCAUUUCUUACGCCGUGAGCGAGGCGCUGAAGAAUGACCGUGUCCUGACCAACCACAGCAGGUUCUCCGUCACCAACCCAGUGUACGUGGGCAACGUGGCCUGGGCCCACAUUCUGGCCUUGAGGGCCCUGAGGGACCCCGAGAAGGCCCCCCAGGUCCAAGGACAGUUCUACUACAUCUCAGAUGACACGCCUUACCAAAGCUACGACGACAUCAACUACAACAUGAGCAAAGAGUGGGGGUUCUCCCUCCAGUCGGGAAGGAGCCUGCCCUUGUUUCUGAAGUACUGGCUGGCCUUCCUGAUGGAGAUGGUGAGCCUCCUGCUCAGCCCCGUCUACAGGUAUCAGCCUCCCAUGAACCGCCACUGGGUGACGCUGACCAACAGCGUGAUCACCUUCUCCUACAGCAAGGCCCAGCGAGACCUGGGCUAUAAGCCGCUGCUCAGCUGGGAGGAGGCUAAGCAGAAGACCGCGGAGUGGGUGGGCUCCAUAGUAGAACAGCACAAACAGACCCUGAAAACGAAGACUCACUGA